AUGUCAAUAACUUUUUAUUUUCAAAAUUCAAUUAAAUAUUUUCAAAUAAUUUUUAUUUUAAAUCCUCUACUAUUAUGUGCUUCUUUACCUUUUGGUAAAUUAUACGUAAAAAAUGGAAAGUUAAUGGGCGACGGAGGCAGAUGGGCACAAUUAAGAGGAAUGUCUUUGUUUCAUAGCCAAAUGGUUGAAGGUUCUGGCUUUUACAAUGCCGAGACUGUUUACAAAUUAAAAUGUAAUUGGCAUGUUAAUGUUGUUCGUGCAUGUUUGGGUAUGAUGAAUUAUGGGAAUGGAGGUUAUCUUGCACACAGGGAAUUGGAGAAGGCAAAAGUUAAAGCAGUAAUAGAUGCUGCAAUUAAAUAUGAUAUUUAUGUUGUUGUUAGUUUUCAUUAUACUGGAGAUACAUUGUACAUAAAAGAAGCUUUUGAAUACUUUAAAGAGUUAUCAUAUGAAUAUAAAGGAAGAUGGAAUAUGAUUUAUGAAAUUUACAAUGAAGCAAUACAUAAUAAUUGGUAUACAUUAAAGCAAUAUCAUGAAAAUGUUAUUCGGGCAAUUCGAGAAAAUGAUAAAGAUGCGGUAAUUAUUUGUGCUACACCUUAUUAUGAUCAACACAUUUCAGAGGCUAUGAAGAACCCAAUUACUAAUUACUACAAUAUAAUGUAA